CAGCACGCAGUUAGGCUUGAACUAAAUUAAUUAGGGAUUCUUGUCAAUCCGGGGGAUUAAUGGCCAAUAGCAACCUGCCCACAGAUGAUCUGGGAACCUGUGGGGCUUUAGUGAUGUUCUGCUGCCGCUGCUGCUAGGAUGCUCCCAGGGAGAAUGGGGGAUUCUCUGCUACUUUCAAGGGGAGGUAAUUUGCUGAGAACAAGGGGCAGGCUUUGCAAAGUAUAAAUAGUGCGACUUCAAUAGCACAUCCCUAUCUGAUGGCAAACUCUUAGCGGGCAGGAGGGACACAGAUCUCUAACGAGGGGCACUGGGAAGGGGCAAACUCUCCCGCCGCCUCUUCAUGUUUCAUUGCUGAGCUUUCAGGGACCCUGCCAGCCAGAGCCGCCGGCUUAUUAUUAUUAUUGUUAGCGCAGGCUAUGGAAGAACUUACUGCUUUUGUGUCCAAGUCAUUUGAUCAGAAGAUCAAGGAGAAGAAGGAGAUGAUCACUUACCGGGAGGUGUUGGAAAGCGGCCCAGCUCGGGGCAAGGAGCCUGGCUGCGGAGAAGGGGCCCGGGAGGACGGACUAGCGGGGAACCGGUGUAUAGGAGGGGGUGGCGGCGGUGGAGGAGGUGGUGGAGGGGCCAGAUCCCCGGUCUUGGAGCUCGAUCUGUCCGUGGAGAGGAUCAGGGAGAGUGGAAGCCCGAAGCUCACUGAGGUAUCCCCAGAGAUAAAGGAACGGAAGGAGGAGCUGAAGCAGCAGGCACUGGAGGAAGAGGGACAGACUAAGAUCAAGCAGAGAAGGAGUCGGACUAACUUCACCCUGGAGCAGCUGAAUGAGCUGGAGAGAUUGUUUGAUGAGACCCACUACCCAGAUGCCUUCAUGAGGGAGGAGUUGAGCCAGCGCCUUGGCCUGUCAGAGGCCAGAGUUCAGGUCUGGUUUCAAAACAGAAGGGCAAAAUGCAGAAAACAAGAAAAUCAGCUCCAUAAAGGGGUCCUGAUAGGAGCAGGGAGCCAGUUUGAAGCGUGUAGAGUCGCACCUUAUGUCAAUGUGGGAGCCCUGAGGAUGCCAUUCCAGCAGGUUCAGGCACAGUUGCAGCUGGACAGCGCCGUGGCCCACGCCCACCACCACCUCCAUCCUCACCUGACGGCGCAUGCGCCCUACAUGAUGUUCCCGGCCCCGCCCUUCGGACUCCCGCUGGCGACACUGGCUGCGGAGACGGCGACGGCAGCGUCUGUAGUUGCGGCAGCUGCGGCUGCUAAAACCUCUAGCAAGAACUCGAGCAUUGCAGAUCUUAGACUUAAAGCCAAAAAACACGCAGCAGCUCUAGGACUGUGACUAGCACUGCAUGGGCCCUUUACCGGCAGGGCCCAACAGACUACGUCUCAAAACCCUUAUUUAUGAGCUGGAGCCUCUCAGCCAAACCCUUCAUUGUGCAGGAAGUAGAAGGGCCAAGGUCAUGUGACAGAGGGGCCUUUCCGUGCAGCAGAUUGUACUGGCCAGGUGAUGCUGAGCCUCUCAGCGGUCCCACUACCUGCAAGUACCUUACACUUUGUGGGGCCAGUCCAGCCAUCAAACCACAGGAAGAGACCGCUACUUCUGUUUCUUAAAUAUUAGGGAUAUUUUUAUGCUAAUGUGUGAACAGUGGGGAUGCUGGGAGCACACAAUUUCUUUCUGCUGUGGAACUUGAAAGGGAAGAAAAAAAAAAAAUCUGUAAAACCCUGGGACACAGAAAGCACCAGGGAAAGAUAAGAUGGUGGGAAGUUCACAGGUUUUGACACUGACCCUUUUGUGCAAAGUUCACUUUAAUACAAGGAAUCUGACAAGUGAGGCGGGCCUCCUUAUGUCUCAUCUUCUGGAUGCGCAGGCAAGUCUGGAAGAAUAAUUAUAGAAAAAAUAAUGAAAGACGCUUUCUCUUCGAAUUUCUAUUGGGGAAAUGUAUAGCAGACUCUCUAGCAAAUUUCUGGUUUGCAUGUUCUUUGCCAUAUCAUUGAUGCUGUUUUUUGACUCACUUUGCACUUCAUCCUCAAUUGAAGUAGAGGGACAUUACAAAGGAAAUGAAGAUGAUGCCAAAAUACUGUAUUCCUUAUAGAACAAAGCAUUUAAAUGGGAAACGGGGAAACAUAUAUGCCCACUAUCUAUUGAAAGGUAAGGGAUGGCCCUCCAGCUUUUGUUAAGAUACAGUUCUGUUUCCUAAGGGAUGCUGGGAAUUGUAAAUCAACAACAGCUGGAGGGAGAAAGGUUGGAAAUCCCUGUCUGGAGAAAAUCCAUUAGGUUCUGGGGCCAAAGUUACAGAAGAGGGAGCCCCUGCAAUUUCAGCAAUUGCAGUGUUACCCAUAAUUUAUUUUUGUCCAUGUGUGGAAUACUGAUCUUGUGCACUAUAAUUUGUAUACACAAGGGUAUUGCUUAGAAGGAGCAUUAAAAUGGGGGAUAAAUUACAGAAAUCAGAGAUUCCCAGUCUACUGACCUCCAGCUCUUUUCGAACUACAACUCUUAGCACUGGGCUAUCAGUGGGACGAGAGUUGCAGUUUCACAACCAGACUGCAAGUUUUUAUAGUCUAUAUGUUGACUAUCUAGCAAUUGUUACUCCAUAUAAUAUGUCACUUGUAUUUUUAUAUGUUUUUAACCCCAAGGGGCCCCUCUGCCCUACUCUAAAACUGGUCCUGAUUAUUUAAAAAAACAACUUGGUGAUUUCAAAACUAUUCUGUUGCCAAAGUGGGCAUGGAACUUGUCUGCUCCUAACAAUCCUGGCACUUAAAAUCCAAGAGACAAGGAUCUCAUUCCCCUUCUGGAUCUUACCCAAGGGCAUACUGUAUUAAAGCUGAUAUUUAAUGCACAACCCAUGAUAGCCUUUGGCUACAUGUAAAAUAUGUUAAUAAACAUGAACAAAGUUUAUUUUGGUUACAUUGUGAAUUGAUAGUCGAUUGUUAGCAUUUACAUUUUAAUUUCAUAAAAGGUGUAUUCUAUUCAAGUAACUUGUGAUUUUUAUUUUGAAUACAUAUGGAUAUUUAAUGUGGGGAACCUGGAAGUGGAUCGCAGUUUGCUAGCAAACACUAUUUGAAGACUUUUGAGAAAAGUGAUUGUGGGGAUUAAAAAAAAGCUCUUCUAUAAAUCAGCCUUGUUGGGUGGGCUUUGUAAUUAUUUGUUCUCCAUGAAAACAAGUUAUUUAUAUAUACAAUAUUUUUUCCAGUGUGCUUUUAACUUAUUUUACACCACUUUGUAUGUUAUUGCUGCAUUACAUUUGAUGUUGGUACAAUAUAUUUUUAAAUCACUCAGGUUUAUUUCAUUUCUUUGUUAAACCACUAUUACUACCUUAUUUCAGUUGCAAAAGAUGGCAUAAAUGGAUAAAAGCUGAGAUUUAUUGCCUAGUUAUGAUGAUUUGGUUCAGUUGAUAUUAAACAAUUUGUUCUUGUUUUUCCCCUA